AUGGCAAAGUAUAAGAAACGCCGACGAAAACAGAGAGCCAGAGCAAAAAUUCUACUGGGAAAAAAAGGAGAUGCUGGUAACCCCCAGGGCUCGGGUUGUCCUUCUCCACGGUCAGCAGGUGAUCUUCCCCCGAACACAUCACCUGUCCCAAGCCAUCUGUCCUCACUCUGGUCAUUAGCCUUGCCCAGCGUAAAAAACGUGGUAAAACCCUUUACAACAACAGCGUCAUUUUUGUAUUGUUGGUGCCAGAACACGGUUGUACAGAGUUUUAAGGUGGUUAAAGACACCAUAUUUCCAUCACAAAUCUACUUAAGGGAGCUAAAUACGUUCAGAGAGCAGCUGGAAAAGUUGGAAACUGAAUUUUCCAGACUACAAGGAACCCUCCAGAUGAAUGGAAUUGCAGCUUUGUCUUCAGAAAAUUCCCUUUGUCAAAGGUGUAAUAAACCAGUUCUGGGUGCUCCUGUUCAAAUGCAGACGGGCCCGCCGUCAUCAGCAUCUGGGCCUUCUGCAAUACAGCUGCAGCCUGUAUCUGCACCCCCUCCACCUCUUCCUCCGCCGCCACCACCACCACCACCACCACCACUGCCGCCACCAAAACUGCCUCCAGCACCUCUCCUCCUCAAACGGGGCAACGGCUCUAAAGCACUUCUGGCACCAUCACUGAAAAAAGAUGGGCCGAUGCAGAUCACUCUCAAAGAUCUCCUGAACGUUAAACUGAAGAAGACGGACGGCAACCUGAGAAUGGACAAGGCAGAAUCACCGGUGAAGACACGCAGGGGAUUAAUUACAGUCUCAGAUUUACAGAGUGUUAGUCUGAGACCUAAAUCCAAGCCAUCAGCUCACGUUACAAAUUCCUUAAUUACCCCUCCUAAAAAUCAGUUAGAUCUUCGAAAACACCUGAAGAAAGUCAAUGUACAAAGAAGUCCUGGUGGUACUCCACUACAUAGUAAAGAAAACAUUGAAUGUGGGUCUGGCUUGACACCAAUAAUGACGCAGGCGCUGCGGCGCAAAUUUCAGAUGGCUCAUCCGAAGAGUCCCUCGCCUGCCCGGUUAAGUGCUGCAAACAGCUUUGAUGAACAGACGUAGGUCCAUGGAACAAUGUAUUUUUCAUUUGUGGUCAGGACUUGAAAUCCCAUUUUUACCU